GCUGUACCUAUAGAUACAGAUAUAAAAAUAAGUAUUGCUGGCUUAAAAUGGAUCACUGACUAAUAUAGACAUGCCGGGCAAUGAUCUGUCGUAACGUUUUGCUGAGAGGCCAAGAAAAAAAAUCACCUGCCUUUGAACCCCGGUCUGUGAUAAAGGUGUCAGUUGUUACACGGGGAGAGACCAUAAAAUCUCCGCGGUGCAGUUGUCGUCGAUACCUCGACCCCUUUGGCUGUCCAGAACUUGCAGAAAGGACGGUUCAAUCAUCCUGAAACAAAGGCAAUGUGAGAGCAGCUGUUUUGAAUUGUUCGAUUUCAUUUCACCCAAAAUGGAUUUCUACAAGCAAAUGAAGUUGGCUCUGUUGUGCUUAGUAUGGAUGGUUACCAUAACUUCUGGAUUUCACAUUAAGCCAAAUGCAAGUGCAAGACGAGUUACACGACAGAUUUCCUCGGGAUCUCCGCAACUCUCAGUAGUUUCCAACCCUUCCCAGAGGCGGAGAGCAUACGGUAGUAGUUCCCAACGAACUCUUCAGCCAUCUUCCAGACAAUGGAAUGCGAGAAGAAUACCUGCGAGCACCAGAUCAAAAUACAGUCGGGCCUUAAUGGCUAAACUGCCGCCCCUGCGUAGAACUGUACAAAAACCUGUGACCAGAAGAAAAAUCGACAAACUGUCUAGCAUAGUCGAAUCCUCUAGGAGGGCAGCAAAUACCCAGAAGUCGGCCCAGAGGGCCAAGAAGCCGGUGAAAGAUAGGGACUAUACAUUUCAUGUGGUGCUACUGGCGGAUGUUUUGUGUCAAAUGUGUGACUCUUUACAAGGGGAAUGGCGGGCCAACUGCAGGGAACAAAGAUGUGCUCGGGCUGACAAUAGCUGAGACGAGAAUAGAUUUUUAUGCAGGAAUAAUUUACAAAUUGCCCUGAAGUGCAAAAGUAUUGUCUGCGUUUGUAUUGUCAGCAAGAGUUUUGGGGAUCAUCUUAGGGCAGUUGUGUUGACGUAGAGCAGAAGAGGUACUCGUGAGCACGAAUGAGUUUCGUAUGGCACUUUCUGCAAGCCAUGGACUUGGCAAUGGAAAAACUGCCCAUUUGGAGGGGCUGCUUGAAAAAUCAAGCACAAGUUCAAUAGAUAAUAAAGGAAUUUGGCGAAUAUUAUCUUGACAGCGCAAACCAGUAUAAAGCGCUAGAUGUGACCCAAUAUAUCGUAUAAGAAAAUAAAUGAAAAUAAUAUAACGUUGUUUCCAGUGAAGACUUUACUAUGCAACUACAACUUUAUCAUUUUUUGUUGUUGUAUAUUUCGUUGUUUGUAUUAUUUAUUUGAUGAAUUGUCUACUAUAGCAAUUACAUUUUAUCUCAUUAAUUUCUUUCUGAAUUGAAAUCUACUUAAUGAUACUGACUAUAUUUUGUUAAGUUUAAAUGUUUAUUAAAUAUUGUUCUAAA